UUUCAGAACGGAAGCCGGAGGGAGUACUUUAUUAGCGGUCGCAGCUUCAAUGGCGUUAUUUUACUGGCGUUGUAACUCACGGCCUUGAUCCUUCAUCCUCAUACUUCUCUCCAUUUUUCUAACCUAAACCUUCAUCUUUCGAAACUCGUACGUCUUGCUGCAGACGCCAAGCUCAGACGCCAGCCACUGAGCCCGGUCAUCGACGGCCUGAAGCCCACGCCCCAGAGCCCUCCUAACCUACCGCCUAGACGCUGCCACCGCCAGCCACCAAAGCAAAUUAUUCACCAUGGCAGUCUGCAAAAGCUGUAAAUCCCCAGCAUUAGUCACCGAUGAUGUUACUGGUGAUACUGUCUGCUCAUCUUGUGGAGUCGUCCAAGAUUUUAACAAUUACCAGCACACUUUUGGUGGCGUUUCAGGCCCUGAAGGCACAUUUGUUCGGAUGGGUACUACCGGUGCAGGUACCAAUUACUCUUACAAAGAACGAAAACUUUACGAAUCCAAUCAAAUAAUUGAGGAUAUCACUUUUCGUUUAAGCUUCAGUGAUAUUCGAAUUCGGGAAGUCAGAACAAUGAUUGAUAAAGUCACUGAUGGCGAGUUUGGGUUAGGUGAUUGGUUUUCUGUUCUUGUUGGUGCUUGUUGUUAUAUUGUAAUGCGUCAAAUUAAUAAACCAUUGCCAUUAUCUGAGGUUGUUGCCGUUGUGGGAUGUGAAUUGUAUGAGAUGGGGAAAAUGUUGAGUAGGGUUGUUGGGCAUUUAGGGUUGGAGUUGAAGGAAUUUGAUUUGGUUAGUCUUUUGGAGAGAACGAUUCGAGGGUUUUCUGGGUUCAAAGAGAUUGAUAAGGAUAAGAUUGAUUUAAUGGUAAAGCAAGGGAAUUUUGUUAUACAAUGUGCUAUUAAGUGGUUUUUGACGACUGGGCGGAGGCCAGGGCCAAUUGUUGUGGCGGUGUUAGCUUUUAUCGGGUUGGUGAAUGAGAUUAGGGUUUGUAUUGAGGAUGUUGCUAAAGAGAUGAAUGUGGCAGUUAGGACAUGUAAAAUUAGGUAUAAGGAGCUUUUGGAGGCUAUGGUGGAGGUGGCUAGACGACUACCAUGGGGGAAUGAUGUUAAUGUUAAGAAUGUUGUGAAGAAUGCUCAUUUUGUGUUCAAGUAUAUGGAAAUGAAGUCAAUGGAGGAUUGGAAUUUUGAGAAAAAGAAUUUUGUUGAUAAGAGUGGUGGGUACGAUUUUGAUGGGAUUGUUCAGGAGUGUUUGAGUAAGGAAGUUGGAAGUGAAGGUAUUGAUAGUGGUGAUAGUGUAGCUGAAAAUAGUUUGAGGUGCAUUGAUGGAACACAAGAGAUGGAGAAUCUUCAGAUUUCUCAUGUAGAAUUAGCUGAAAUUUACUCAAAGUUUAAGGCCGAGUUUUCAAAUCGUAGACUACUAGAAUGUAAUGGAUCAGUUGACUAUGGUGUUGGCCUUGAUGGGUUAGAUGCUCUAGUUUUUGAUGAGUGGUGGAUUGGCCGAUCAGAAUUAUGCGAAAAACUUUUCAUGGAGCAGUUGUUGGAGAAAGAUGUUGGAUUGAAUGCACUUCCACCAUCCUACAUUCGUGGUUGUGUUGCUGUUGAAAGGAGGCGAGAAAAGAUACGAGCAGCUAAGAUACGCAUCAAUAACAUUAUGAAUCCCCCAACUCACAUUCACAGUGAUGCUAUUGUGCAUAAUGCUUUGAAUGCUCAAGCAUGUAACAAUGACAAUAUAAGCAUUACUGAGAAUGUUGGUAGGUGUAAGAAGAGGAAGAAAAAUCAUGAUAUUAAUAGUUGUAAAAAGAGGAAGAAAAACCAUAAUGGUAUUGACUGGGAAGAUUUUAUUAUUGAGACACUCUUAUUGCAUGGGGUAGAAGGGGAGGAAAUUGAGAAGGGCUAUUACAAGGCUCUAUUAGGCUUGUAUGUCUUUAAAUCUGAUCUCAUCUGAAAGGAUUGUAUAUAGAUUCAUUGAGGCACUUAGUCAUGCUUGGGGGAUACUAUUUUUGAGAAAAAGUGUUUAGCAACCUGAAAAUUUUCUAUGGUCCAAGGUGAACUUUCGGCUGUAUUACUGUAUUUAUAUAAGAAACUAUAUUUCAGUGUUUUACAUUCAUGUUUGUUAUUCCAGGUUUGCUUUCUGGAAACUUACUGUUUCAUUCAAUUUUUGUACUUUUUCAUCAUCAAAAUAACAUUGUUUUACCGUAGUUUACUGAAUUUUGUGUUAUGCCUUGUUCAUAUCCAAUGUCACAUAAUUCGCUAAUCUCCUCAUGAAUCGCGAAUCAGAAUAAGCUAAUUAAGGUCAGUUUUGGGCAAACUUGGGCGAAUCAUGAAUUUAAAAAACAAAUUAGCUAAUGAAUUAUGUUACACUGCUCAUAUCAGUCAGAUGUUCCUUUGGUCAACUUGCAGUUUUUGUACAUUUGUUUGAAUUACAGAUAGUGUGGGUUGUUGGAGGGAGGGGGGAGUCACUGAAACCGCUAGUUUACCACUUAACAGGGUAGAACAAGAUAUUCAUAUUUUCUUCACCAAGAGUCAGAACUAAAGAGAUGUCUGAAUCUGAUUUUGUUGGUUUCUUUGUUCACAUCACUCAUCGCAACAUCAACUUUAUUAUCAUCCUUAAGUGGCUCUUGCCUUGUUUGUAAGGUUUGAGGAGAUUUUGUUAAAGCAGAUGAAUAUUGUAGGAAAGCAUGCAAUACCCAUUAUACUUGCAAAUCAUAGAGAUGGAAACAUUCUAUUGCUGUUUGAUCUCAAAGAAAAACCCAAACAAAACCCUGAUAGCUGUGACAAUUUUGAUGCAAACAAAGGAUACAUGCUUCUUUCUGCAUUCUUCUUGAACUGGAUGUCACAAGACGCUGCAGUGGGAGUGAAUAUAAAUAUGCUUAUUAUGUUACAUGCUGAAAGAGAAUGCUGAAUACUCCUACUAAAUACUGAUGAAGACAUAAACGUUACUAGCAUGAAGAGGGGAUACUGAACUUCUAGUAUGGCACUUCUCUCUAUAGCCAACCAACUUGGUAUUCUUCCAAACAACCUGGGUAAAAUAUUGUCCACACUGCUUUUCAUCGUCGCUGUCUGCAAGAGUUGCUGUAAUUGUACCAUGGCUUCUCUGCCACCCAUGCGGCUACUGCAUUUUUAGCCAUCCUUCAUUUGCCUUGCCCCAGAAGAAAUUGUCAUCGAAUUUUCCCAUAGAAUGAACAAGUUUGCAGUCCUUUCGCCUCUACCUUGAUGAGUAAAUCCGGGCGUAUGCAGCAAGCAAGUUUUCCCACAUCAGAGUCUUUUUGUUGUCAAGCUAGUUGAUGAACUCAUAAGAGGUAUUCGUGCGUUCGCAUAUGUGCAAGGAUUAAAAACUGAGUUUAAUGUUUGCAAAGCUUUUGCCGUUGUUGGGUUCUUUGCUUGUAUAAUUUUAUGAAUUUCUUAGGUUAUAUAAUGUUUUAUGAAGUUUUUUUGAGGUGAGAUGAUGUUGUAUAAUUCUGAGAAACUACUUCAUAUUUAAGGCUCAAGACGUGGAUGAGCUGCUUGCGGUUGAGACUUUUAAAACCAAUUUUAGAGUUGAAACUAAAAAGAAAUGUAUGAAUUUCCUUCCGCUUCUUUUUGAUAGUUGAACGUCUCCCAAAAGGCUUUAACAUUAAAGAUAGUAAGAUACAAGUGUAGCUAUUAAAAAAAAAAACAAAUAAUAUACUCUUGUUUUUAUUGAAAUUCGGCUAAAGCAUAUCUCUAGUCUGGAUGGAGCUUAAGAUUAUAGACUAAAGAACAAAUUAACAAAAAUGGGAUGCAAACAAACGGGAAACCAAAAACAAAUCACCAGGUUUCUAUAGAUAUCCAGAUACCACCAACAAUGAACUAAACUAAAUUAAUCUCACAUCAUAGUUUAAAUUUUUCAAGAGUCUCCAUUUCAAAAAACACAGAUCCAUGACCAUUACCAAUAUCGAAAAAAGGGGAGAAAAAAAAAAAAGAAAAGAAAA